AUGAGCUUUCCGACCUUCAAUUUUGGCGGAAAUAACGGCCUCGCGACGCCUGGAAAGUCACGCAAUAUAUUCGGGAAUGGUGAGCCGCCGUCUCCCUCCAACUCUUUCACUCCCCAGGGCCCGCCCCCCUCUACCAUAUACGGCGGCUCCCAGAUGAGCGCCAGAUCACCGGCGAACUCAAACCCAAUCUUCAACAGAUCCGAGCUGUUGAAUGACAGCAUCUUUGGCUCAUCUGUGGACUCGCCCGAUUUUGCAUCCCGGACAAAGCAGACUGCGGCAGCGAAACGAUUUACAGCGUCAGAGUCUUUAUUCGAUGUUUCACGCGGUCCUAGCUUUGACGAAUCAACGAAUUGGGGGGCAUCCAAUGGGUUUCAGCCGCACAUGUCUGGCGGGUUAGGCGCUGACGAUGGCAAGUCGAUGGAGGAGGACGAGGACGAGGACGAAGCGGAGCAGACAGGAAAGACAAGGGGAUCGGGAUUGAACUUCCUUGACUCACACAUGAGCAGCACCGGUCCGUCAUCGAUACCUGCGCAGCGCAAACCUAUCUAUGCAAAUCCCGGGAAUGCAAAGCGGCCCAAGCUUGACGAGAAGUGGGCGAACCAGUCGCCUCUGCGCAACGCGAAGCUAUCUCCAAAAAAGAACUCAACAAUACCAGCGAUUGUGCGGAACUUUGCCGCGCGAACCCGUAAAGCGACUGUGGACGAACCAUUCGAUUUCAUCAUUCGAACGGAAGACGAGAUUUCUCGGAUGUACGAGGAAACAAGACAGACACAAUACAACAAUGAGUAUCUGCAGGAGACUAUAGGGAAAAUUUGCGCCGAUCUAUCCACUGUAUGGUAUAAUAGCUCUGAGAGCAAAGCGUCUGGUACGGUUAUUGGUCCUGGAGACAACGCCGCGAAUUCCACUAAGGCAGGUUUUCUGGGGGCGUUGUUGCUGCAACUCCACCAUCCACCUGCUACUAAAUCAACAGGUUUCCCCAACACCUUCGGGCUUGCAGCACCACGUUACACAUUUGGUGGACGGUCGGCGUCAGCGCCAAUUCCUAAAGUUCUCCUAGAUUGGUUGAACGUGAACAAACCCCUGUCAGACGAGAUUACAGCUUUAAAGCAAGUGGAACCUGACCCUACCGCGUCGCCAAGCUUCUGGGAGAUUGUCAUUGCUGCUGUUCUACGAGGUCAGCUGUCGGAGGCGUCUCAGAUUCUGCGCUCCGCCGAUUUCAACUACGCUCGCUCGGCACUGGAGGACGGGUUGCCGCAAGCGGGAUACCGUGGAGUGCAGUUGCAAAAUAUCCAAAGAUGUAUCAACAAGGCGCUCCAGGUUCUGGAGGCAUGCCCUAGCGUCCACAAUGAUAACUGGGAUGCCCGGGACGCAGAAUGGUCAUUGUACCGAAAACGUGUACACACCGCUAUCUCGGAUCUUGAAGAAUUCGCGGAAGGAGAAGAGCAGCCAGCACCCGCGCCGGCGACGGGAAAUACUUUCCAGGCCAUCAAUUUCGGAUUGGGAUCAAAUCCCUUCCAAGGGCCUUCGUUUACCGAAUCUGCACGUAUGGCCGAAAGUCGGGUGCCGUGGACCAUCUACCAGAAUUUGCGGUCGGUUUACCGAAUCAUACUCGGCGACCCGGCGGCUAUCAUGAACUAUGCAGAGAGCUGGGUCGAAGCCACGAUUGGCCUAACAGUCUGGUGGGAUGGCGAAGACGACGAGGAAGCCAGCCCGCCUCCAUUCCUACGCCGUGGACAGUCGCCUUCUAAUGAUCCAUAUCUCCGCCGUCUAAGCCUGGCUUUCAAGCAUGCAACAAGUACAGAGAAGGACGAGAAAGGCUUCCGUUAUAAUUCACUAAGCGGAAUCGAGGUUGGACUGGCCGCUGUUUUCGAAGGUGACGUUGCGGGUGUAUUAGAACUGCUCCAGACCUGGUCUCUCUGUGUGGCUGCUGCUGUGGCAGAGAUUUCCUCGGUUGGUGGCUGGCUGGAGACGAAGAGCAAUGCUAAACCGCCUGGUCUAAGCGAUAAUGACCUUAUGGUUCUCUCUUAUAACCAAAACGACGCCCCCGCCGGAGUUAGCAGAGACGAUGUCCUGAGUGCAUAUGCUACUGGUCUGUCUGAGAGACCGUCGAUCGGAAACGAGCAUGAAGGUCGCGAAGGAUGGGAGCUAGCCCUCGAGGUUCUGAGCAGGCUAGAUGACAGUCAGAAGAUGCAAAAGAGCGUUUCGGAACUGCUAGAUAAGCUUCCGCUCGACACGGCCGAACAGAUGGACAAGGUCGUUCUCCUGUGCUCCGAGCUGGGACUAAAUAAGGAGGGUAGACGUGUUUCUGAGCGCUAUGGGGAUCUCACUGUUUCCAACUCGGAGGAAUACGGCCUGGCGCUCGUUUGCUAUGCUCGCGCGCACAAUCGACGCAAGGUCAAGUCAGUGGUCGACCUACUUAUCUCGUACAGCCUCGUCCAAUCCCGGGCGUAUCCUGCCUCGAGCGACCUCGACGAACAGCUGCGGACGCUGAUCCGAGAACCCAAAACGUGCCUCUCAGCGAUUGCACAUGCAGACGAGGAGGCCGCUUCAAUACUUCAGUUUUACUUCAGUGGAUACGCGACUUUGCGCCGGUUCUAUGAGACACGUGAUGAGGCAGUCAACCUUCCAGCAGGACAGAAGCCCCGCUAUAAACCGCUGGCCAGGCGGAGGGCUGCAGCGCAGGCCCUGGUCGCUGUGAUCAGCAGUGCUGCUGACAGCAUCUAUGGGGGACUGUACGAUCCAGAUCGCGAUUCAGCUAUUCAAGUCGACGGACUUCUAGCUCUUCUGGGCGAGGCACUGCCUUUUGUACAUCAAUCUUCAUCAAUCCUGAACCCCUCUCAGCAAUUUGCUAUCCUCUCCGCCAUCGAAGAUCUGGAGACCGUUACACCCCGCGUCUACGCCCAAUGCGAGGAGUGUUUCCGUUCGACCCUUCUCGAGUACUACUCCAAACAAGCCGGCAAAGCCAGUGAUUCCUACGUUCUCCCUCCGUCACCGCGCGCACUCCUCAAAAAAUCCGUCUCGUCGCUUACAGCUUCAAGCACAUUCUCCAUAAUCGGCAGCGACAUGCUGGGUGCGCGCACCCGCUCGUCAUCCGGGUCUGCGGAAGGGUCGGGAGUGCUGGUGCCCCGAGAUUGCGAAAAGACACCGUUGGUACGAGAAUGGGAUUGGCGCGCUGGAUUGCCAGAAGAUACAAAGGGCGAAGACGUACUUCGAAUGUUGCGGUUGGGACUGGCAAACGGACUGACCCUGGAAGCUUUGGGCCGGGCUUACUAAACCCUUCCUGUUGUUCUUCUACAAAGUAUUUCCGGCCCGGCGUCUGUUACUGUUGCAUAAUUGCCUAGCAUGUACUUUAGUUUAAAAUUAGUCAUAAGGGUGUAACAUCGCGUAAUACGCCAGAGUCGUUAUUUUUGGCGAAACCGCUAGAGUUCUCCGAGAAAGAGAGUACGCCGUACUCGGCGAGUAUACUUGCGAGUAGGGAGAGCAAG